GUCGCGGCUCUGCGCGGCGCAGCGGCGCGCGGCGCCUCAAGGAGUACUGGCCACAAGAUGGCCAUUACAUUUUAAUUUUUUUAGUGCUAAAUAUUUUGACGGAUUUUGACAAUGUCGUGUAGUGUAAAUAGUGUUUUUAUCUUUUUAAGCAUUUUUUAUAUCUUUUUUACCUUAAGUAUACUGUUAUAGUCCAGGCUAUAUGCCUUAUGAUGUUGGAAGCAGCAGCUACGCCGGUCAGAGCGCCAGUCAACCUGCCGCAUUCCUGGAUGGGACUCUGGUUCGUGGGGCCAUCGACUCCUUUCGAAAUGGUUCUGCCGGCGGCCUCGACGGCUUGUCCCCUCAACAUCUAAAGGACCUAACGUGUUCAAGCGCCGGGGAAGCUGGUGAGUCCCUUUUGAGGGAGCUGACGGCCCUAAUUAAUUUAAUGCUCUCCGGCAAUGUGAACGAAUCCGUCAUCGACGUCUUGUACGGGGCUAAUUUAUGUGCCCUGCGGAAGAGGGAUGGCGGUAUUCGUCCCAUUGCCGUAGGUUGCACCUAUAGGCGUAUCGCAGCCAAAAUUUGCUGUGCAUUUUACAAUGAGUCGUUGGCCAGCAAAUUCCAGCCCUCACAAUUAGGCUUUGGUUCCAAAGGGGGCUGCGAGGCUGCGGUACAUGCCCUUUCUACCUUUAUAAAUAGCAAUCAAAGUGAGGUCAUUUUAAAGGUUGACAUAAAAAACGCUUUUAAUUCAGUAAGCAGGGACGCCUUGUUGACAGAAAUACAAAAAGAAACCCCUAAAAUUUACAGUUUUCUUUGGCAAUGUUACCGAAACCCUUCGAAAUUACUAUAUAAGGACAAUUUAAUAGAAUCGGCCGUCGGUUGUCAACAAGGAGACCCUCUUGGACCUGCCAUUUUUAGUUUAGCCAUAAAUCCUAUUAUUCGGGAACUAAAUUCCAAAUUUAACGUAUGGUAUUUAGAUGACGGAACUCUAGGAGGUGACGUCAACACUGUUUUAAAAGAUUUUACCAUAUUAAAAGAAAGACUAAAUUCCAUUGGCCUUGACCUAAAUUUAUCUAAAUGUGAAAUUUACAUACCUAACUCUACUGACCGACAAACGAUUUUAUCAAAAUUUCAGGAAAUAGCUCCCAAUAUCAAAAUUAAAGAUAAAAAUUCACUUCACCUCCUAGGUUCUCCAAUAUUCGAUGAAUGUUUCCCUUCAUUCAUCGAAGACAAAAUAGAAAAUUUCAAUAAUAUUUCGGAUAGACUACACAAAAUCAACUCACAUUCGGCUUUCACUCUGAUUCGAGCGAGCUCGCUUAUUGGCUGUGGGAGAGUGGGAAUCAGGUUUGUGGCUUCAGGCGCUCCCGUCACCCUACAUAGGAACUAUGUUGGAUGA